AUGGCUGCCUCCAUUGAAAGUGCCGGUGCCUUAGAAAAAGAAAUUAGAAUUGCUCGAAAUGAAUUGAAAAACAUCAGACAGCAAGUGGAAACAUUGAAGAAAGUGUACAGAAAAGAUGUUGAUAAAAUUACAGAAAGUCUUGCUGGAGUUGCAGAUUCUAGAAACGAUCAUUCAUCGUACAGCACACAGUCUCAACCUAGACAGCAAGUAUCAUUCAGCACAACACACUCUCAUCUCGGCACACCCAUUGGAUAUAUCAAAUCUUGCUUCAAGAGUAAAAAUGGAACACCUCGUCAACCAACUAUUUGUUCUCGUUCCAAGGCAAAGCUACAAAUUCUGCAAAGUGCUUUCAACAAUCCUGCACAUGCACUUGAAGGUUUGCAACAGUUUUCUCAUCUAUGGAUAAUAUUCAUUUUUCAUCGUAAUGGUCCUAGUAACUACACCAAAGCUAAGGUCAAACCACCCAGAUUGGAUGGUGCGAGAGUUGGUUUAUUUGCCUCACGUAGUCCACAUCGACCUAAUCCUAUAGGAUUGACUUUGGUUCAUAUAGAUAGCAUACAAGGUGAUACCAUCCACAUGUCAGGUAUUGAUAUGAUUGAGGGAACACCAGUAUUAGACAUUAAACCUUACAUUCCUACAUACGACAACAAACCCUCAACAAAAGUAGCGGAUUGGAUUGGUGAACCACCAAGGAAGACUUUGAAUGUCAGAUUUACAUUAAAUGCAGAACAAGACCUACAACGCUUCAGACCUGCAGGAAAUAUAACAGGUGCAGAAAAAAACGACUUUGUAUUCGACUUUUUUGAGGAUGCACUUGAAGCUAAGAAAGCCAUUAGAGACAUUCUUGAAUCUGAUCCAAGAUCUACUUACAGACGAUAUCAGUGUAAAGACAGUCUUUAUUACUUUACUAUUGACACUAUGCAUAUCACAUGCUGGUUUGAUGACAAUGUUGUAGAAGUGGUUAAAAUAAAACCUGCUCAGAGAAGAUAAACCUGUACAAGUAUAAUCACACAAGUGGAGUGUGUUUAUGAUAGUGAAUGCCAUUGUGUGCAGCAUCUUGCAAAACAUCUUCACUAUGCCUUAC